CUGUUCUGAACCAUGGGACUCUAAUUUACUGUUCAUUCGUUGUAGGGUGAUUCAGGAGGUCCACUUCAAAACAAGUUGAUGCACAAUGCAAGAAUGACCCCUUUUGUUGUUGGUGUAACUUCCUUCGGAACCGCUUGUGGAAUGUCUGUUCCGGGAGUUUAUACUAAAAUAGCGCCGUAUCAUGACUGGAUAGUUGAAACCAUGCUAAAUAGUGGUGUAAUACUUCCAAAUAAUGUUUUCAACGCCACAUUUUGUGCAUUACGUUUCGCAUAUUUUCGUGAGUAUGAGGAUGCUAUGAUUAUGGAGCGUACUCCCAAUUAUGUUGCCGUGGACAGCGAUCGGAGACAUAUGUUCUUGGCCAAUGGACUACCAUCAUACGUUGUGCAGUUAGCAUGGAAAGGAAAAACAAAUAAUUGUUGUGGUGUAAUAAUCGAUGAGGACACUGUAUUGAUGCUUGCACAAUGUGUUACCAAAAAUGGAGAGCGCGUUUCUCAUAUUAAUUAUUCGAAUAAUGUUACAAUGGAGGUAUCGAAAAUUCACAUUCAUCCAAACUACAAACAGGGAAGUAGCUAUAAUAAUAUAGCUAUUUUACGAUUGCAAAAGUUUCUCGACUUCCAAGAUCUCGAUCCGCCCUGUCUAUGGCAAGAAAAGAGUAUAUCACAAGAAGUUCAUGUACAUGGAUCCGGUCGUCGCGACAUUAAUUUCUUUCUUUAUAUGAGUGCGCACAUAAAAAACAUAGAUCCAUCGAUAACGAUUUUAACCCCACGAGUCCGUUUCCAAAACGCUUCGACUUGUAUCAUCCCCAAGAGAUAUCUACCAUUGCUUCGUAAUGGAUUAACUGACGAACAUAUUUGCAAUGGGCAGAAUUUGUUCCUUGUGCCGAAGUCCUGCGAACUUGUGACUGGUGGAGCACUUCACACUUCAGAUUUUAAAUAUCUAAAUUUCUAUCCCAUGGUGUACGGAUUGAAUUAUCUGGGUAGGGAAUGUGGUUUCGGUGAACACGCGAUAGCGAUUAGCGUGGCAAAUUACGCCGAAUGGAUGAAGUCCGUGCUUUUUUCCGAACUACAAGCAAUCCCAUGGUACAGUACAGUUCGUCGAUUCGGAUCUUCAAGAGGGUGACCCUGGCCAUACAUAUGAUGGACGCACAGCACGUUGCGUUCCGGCUUCGAGAUGUUCAAGAAGAUGGAACCAAUUUCUGUUCAAUGGGACGAUUGAGUUGUGUGCUACCAGUUCUUUAGCCUGCUGUGUUCAGUAUGUUCAGUAUCCACGAUAUCAAUGAGUGGUAUCGUGGAUACUGAACAUAACGUAAUCGAUCCGCAGCUCUCCGGAUGUCCAAGUUUGGUGAAAGAUCUCAACGUAACAUCGCCAAACUUGCGGGAAGUGUUAUCUAAAAGGCGUAUCGAGUAGACGCAAUACUGGUGCACCACGCUUACAAUACAACCGACAACACUAACGAUAUUGCUAUGAUUCGAUUGGAUAGAAAUCUCAUUUUGACCUCAUAUAUAUUUCCUGCCUGUUUAUGGACCAAUACAACACAUGUACCUCUGGUGUGUUGUAUUUCCCUGAUAAUGACGGCGAGACAGAAUUCACCAGAGUAAUGGCAACGUAUAACACCGACUGCCAGAGAACUCAUAGGUAUAAGAUCCAGGGAACUCAGCUUUGUGCGAGAGACCCGCUUAGUAACAUCACUUGUAAUACUUCGACUGAUCUACUACGAUACGACAGCCUGGACGGAGUUUUCUAUGUUGUGGGAUUAUCAACAGAUUUCGAUAACUGUAAGCACUCACACUACACGGUGUUUACUAGAAUUUCCAGUUUCGUUAGCUGGAUCGGAAUGAAUGUGUAAACAGUAAUCAUUGUAAAGAACAGGAAUGUUCGUCGAUAGUUGUUUCUGAUAACCGAAAUUCGUGAGAGCUCAAUACAAUUUUCCCUCUCAGAGCAUUAAUUCAUUUAUAUGAGGUAUAUAUGUCAG